GCGCGCGCGAUGGGGGACGCACGAAGAGCCUACACCGAGUGGGCGAAGGAGAAGUGGAGCGACAAGAUGGGGGUGCUGCACAAGCACGUGAAAGACGAGCCGACCAUCAUCAACGAGAUCUGCACAGGCACCUCCACCACGGAGGACCCUGCGGCGAUCAUGAAUGACCGGGCGUCCAAAUGGAGAGGGUUGUGGCAAGACCCGGAGGUGAGCUUGGAGGACAUCCAGGGGCAGCUGCAAAGGACCCUGGAGGUUGCGAAGGAGGAGGACUACCCGCCAGUGGAGCAGGAGGAGUUCGACAGGGCGCUGAACUCCAUAAACGGCAGGAAGGCGAUUGGCGUGGACGUGCUGAGCCCGACGGAGGUGCAGAAGCUUCCGCACGAAGCGCGCGAGGAGCUGAGGCAGCUGAUGAACGAUGCCGAGGCCCAGGGCCUCUGGCCUCGCCAGUGCAUGGCGGUGGUGGUGGCGUCGGUUCCGAAGCCCGCUGGGGGCGACAGGGUGCUGGGCAUGAUUGCCGCGAUGCCCAAGAUAUGGAGCAAAGCUCGAGGCGGUAUCGUGGACAACUGGACAGAGCAGCUCGGGGCAUUCUGGGGCGGCGCCCUGCGAGGGUGCUCUGCGCUCAGGGCUGCGCUGCACCGUGCCCUGCUCGACGAGGUGGGCAGGGAGAUGCAGCUGGCGUCGGCCACUCUCCUCCUCGACCUCCAGACCUUCUACGACACGAUCAGCCUGGCGCUGCUCAUGGAGCUGGCGGUGCAGGUGAAGUACCCUGCCAUCGUCGUGGCCAUGGAGGUGGAGCUCUUCUUGGGCCCUCGCAUCCUGAAGGACCAGCGCCACGGCAUCAGCGAGCUGGUCUGGCCGACGCGCUCGGCGGUGGCGGGGUCGGCGAGGGGGGUAUCCCUGGCCAAGGUGUUCAUCCACGGGGUGCUGGGAAAGGCCCACCAGGUGGCCCCGCAGGCGCCCCUCUGGACAUCCGUGGACGACACGACGGCCCGGUGCGAGGGAUCUCGUCAGAUGGUGAAGCAGGAGAUGAAACAGGUGGCGACCCAGUUCGUGGAGGGCUUCGUCGAGGCGGAACUGGAGUCGCCUGCUCUGCCGCUGCAGUUGGCGCUGGACGCCACUGACCGGGGCGGCGACGCGGCGGCUGGGCGGAGGCGCUGCCGCAAGAAGCAGCGCAAGAGGCUGCUGGCGGCCACCUACGGCCACCAGCUCCAGGGCCUGGCGCCGUCGAGCGCCAGGAAGCUGAGGCAGCAGGCGGGCGCGGCAGUUGGAGGCAAAGCUGGCGGACGCUGCCUCGCCACGGUCCUGGCGGCGGGGCUUGAGGAGGACCCAGCCAUCAAGCUGCGCAUCCAGUUGGUAGACUCGUGGCUGGAGCUCUGGGAGACGGCGCCUGAGGUCCAUGCGAGGAUCCAUAGAGUCUGGCCUGCCAUCCGCGGCGCGCUCCUGAGCGCCGGCGCAGCCCGGCGCUGGCGGCGCGUGCGUGGCCCUGUCGGCGUGCUCGUGGCAACGCUCAUGGGCGCGGGCUGGGGUCCGCGCACUGCUGGCACGUGGGGCAGGCCAGAGGUGGACGGCACGAUGACGGAGUGGCACCUGGUGGAGUCGAGCUCGGAGGCCUUUGGGAGCUUCAUCGAUCGGCAGCCCAUCCUGCACGACCUCCGCGAGGACAUCAUGCGCCAGCUGUGGAAGCAGGCGGCGGCCCACGAGGACGGCGGCAACUUGGGGAGCGGCGCGGACAUGCUGAAUGCGAGGCGCGAGCUCGACCGAUAUGCUCGAAGAGGCAUGUGGGCGGAGUGGGGUCGCACGAUGGUAGUGAUAAGUGGCGGGCAGUGGAGCCGCGCCAGGAAGCGAGAGCGCGGCUAUGCCGUCAGCGCCACCUGCCCGAGAUGCGGGCUGGAGCCAGAGACGCUGACCCACAGGAUCUGGAAGUGCACGGAGAACAUCAGCGAGGGCACUGAGUUCGCCAAGUCGGAGAACCUGGUGGCGAGGGCGCUGGCCAGUGUAGAGAGUGAGCCCUCGGUCUGGUUGCGAGGCCUAGUGCCGAACCACCUCGCCACCCCCAG